GUUAGAUCCCUGGAUCACUUCACACUUUUCAUUUCCGCCUUCCUUCUUCUCAAUGUUGUAAAUGUAUAGACAAUAAGGACAAAACCUCAUCAACGGACAAGUUUCCUUCUUUCUUUUGUGUGUGGCUCAUUGUGUCAUGUUCCGUGACGACAAUAAAACAUGACAACAAUGCCACAGCCCACAGGAAUAAGCUCAUCCUGUCUGCCAGGUGUGGACAGAGGAACCAGACAGACAUCUUCUCUAUGCCUCCAGUAAAACCUGCUCUUUUCUCCUCGACGCGCUGUCAGAAGCUCAGGGACUGAAGUUUAAAUGUGAAGCAACAUACUGACAGACCGUGGAGGCACAGCGGCCACAGCAGAGCUAUUUAACCCGGCCUCAGGAGUGUCUGUGCGGGCUGGGGCAGCGCGUCAGAGCAGGGGGCAGCUCCACCGGAGCCGUGUCAGCAGGAAGGUUAGCGGGGCAGGAGCACUGUCAACACGGGGACACCACGGGAGCGCCUCCCUUAAGCCUGCAGGAACGCGACACUCCGGCGUGAAGCCGCACAUCUACCAGCAAGUGCCAACAUCAGCAGCUACUCGUUAGCUGCCUUUACCUGGCUAGCCACCGUACCAACCCGGUUAGCCUUAGCUAGAAGCAGUAGCGGCUAACCUAGCUUAGCUGUCGGCAAGCCUGGCUCCGCGGGCAGACAUUCCAACAUGAGGCUGAAAGUGGGAUUCAUUUUACGGAGUUUGCUUUACAUUGGGACCUUUCUCGGUUUGGUGGUGCUCUGGUCGUCCCUGUCGCCGAAAGUCAGCGAUGAAACCCCGAUUGGAAAACGGGAGGAAAUAUUGCCGCCUAAAGGAGAGAUAGCAGAUCAUUUUAAGCCUGUGAUGCCCUGGCCUCAUGUGGAGGGGGUGGAAGUUGACCUCAACGCCAUCAGACUCAAACAUGGAGAAGCUAAUCAUCCCCCGAACCCUGACCAGCAGCCCAACCAGAAGCAGGUGAUCCAGCAGCAGUAUGUGACAUUCAGGCCCCACUCACAUAUCUACACCAGCCCUGUCCUGAAGAAAGGUGUUCUGGGAAACUUUGAGCCAAAGGAACCAGAGCCUCAAGGGGUCUCCGGUGGUCCUGGAGAGGGAGCUAAGCCAUUUGUUUUGGGUCCAGAGUACAAAGAGUCUGUCCAGGCUUCCAUCAAAGAGUUUGGCUUCAACAUGGUGGCUAGUGAUAUGAUCUCACUGGACAGAACCAUCAGCGAUAUACGGCAUGAAGAGUGUAAAUACUGGCAUUAUGAUGACAGACUGCUGACCUCUAGUGUGGUGAUUGUCUUCCAUAAUGAAGGCUGGUCUACACUGAUGAGAACCAUCCACAGUGUCAUCAAGAGGACUCCCAGGAAAUACCUGGCUGAGAUAGUCAUGAUAGACGACUUCAGCAACAAAGUCCAUCUGAAGGAGCGUUUGGAGGAGUACAUCAAGCAAUGGAAUGGUCUUGUAAAACUGUUCAGAAAUGAGAAGAGAGAAGGCCUGAUCCAGGCUAGGAGUAUAGGAGCAGAGAAGGCCAAUAAAGGACAGGUGCUGAUCUACCUGGAUGCUCAUUGUGAGGUGGGAAUCAACUGGUAUGCUCCACUGGUUGCUCCCAUUUCAAAAGACAGAACGGUGUGCACGGUGCCUCUGGUUGACUCCAUCCAUGGCCAGAAGUUCACCAUCGAGGCCCAGGGUGGCGGGGACAAGGAUGGCUUUGCUAGAGGAGCCUGGGAUUGGAGCAUGCUCUGGAAGCGAGUUCCUCUGGGAGAGAAAGAACAUGCACUCAGAAAAACUCAGACUGAGCCAUAUAGGUCUCCAGCUAUGGCAGGUGGUCUCUUUGCUAUAGAGAGAGACUUCUUCUUCGAGCUGGGUCUAUAUGAUCCAGGAUUGCAGAUAUGGGGAGGAGAGAAUUUUGAAAUAUCAUACAAGAUCUGGCAGUGUGGGGGCCAGCUGCUCUUUGUACCAUGUUCUCGUGUCGGACAUAUCUACAGACUUCAAGGAUGGCAAGGCAACCCCCCACCUGCACACGUUGGAUCCUCACCCACUCUGAAGAACUAUGUUCGUGUGGUGGAGGUAUGGUGGGAUGAAUAUAAGGACUACUUCUACGCCAGUCGUCCUGAAACUCUCACUCUAGCCUACGGAGACAUCAGUGAGCUUAAACGCUUCAGGGAGGAACAUCGAUGCAAGAGCUUCAAAUGGUUCAUGGAGGAAAUAGCGUACGAUAUUCCACAGCACUACCCUCUGCCUCCUAAAAAUGUAGAAUGGGGGGAGAUUCGAGGUUUCGAGACAAGCUACUGUAUUGACAGUAUGGGACACACUAAUGGAGGAAAUGUGGAAAUAGGACCGUGCCACAGAAUGGGGGGUAACCAGUUGUUCCGUAUCAAUGAAGCCAACCAGCUGAUGCAGUAUGACCAGUGCCUGACCAGAGGAGCAGAUAAUUUAGCAGUCAUUAUCACACACUGUGACCAGAACCAAAACACUGAGUGGAAGUUCUUCAAGGAUCUCCAUCGGUUCACUCAUGUACCAACAGGGAAGUGUCUCGACCGCUCCGACCUGCUCCACAAAGUGUUCAUAUCAGACUGUGACAACAGUAAAACCACUCAGAAAUGGGAAAUGAACAAUAUAGUGGCCGUAUGAGAACUGCACAACCUGACCUACACAUGGAUGACCACUGGGAGCUUGGAGAGACCUGUAUGAGGAGAUACACACACACACACACACACACACACACAUACACAUACACAUACAAAGACAAAUUAACCCAUGCCAAGAAACACAUCCAUAUUGUACAUUUACAGGUACUGUCCUUCUGAAGAGAAGAUGUUGUUGUUAUGAGCCAGUCAUUGUCAGCGUACCUCCACCAUGAUGGAGUCAAAUUGGUCACAGUUAGAGAUACUGAGUAUCUGCAAUUAACUGCUACAGCCCAAAUCCACUGGCAUCAGCCUAGUCCUGCCUCCAUCAAACUUUAGUCCUUGUAUUCAACUCUAACACAAACACAGACACUCCAGGUGGCAGAUGAAGUGGCUGAUGUGGAGGCUGAAGCUCCUGGUCCUCAGAAAGACAAACACUGAACUAGAAACGUGUUGGCUCCAUCUCUGUCUGUUCUCUUUGGCUCUCAGGUCUUUUCUAAACCACUACAUUGAGUAUAUGAAGUGACUCACAUAUAUUCUAAAUAUUCAACAGUCGUGCUCUAAUUCGGCUUUUUCAAUCAACCAAACUAAGUAGCUCACUUCCCAAAGAUGGUAACAUCAUCAGUGUGUCUAACCAGGUGUCUGUACACACUGGCGGCUGUCUGCAGGUCAGGUUCAGGUGAGCUUUAGGCUGGAAUAGUAUUUAUUGGGAAUAUCAAAGUAAAUUUGGGUGAGGGAAAGGAAACUAGCAGCCAGAUCCAUAUUUUUGAAAAUGUAUCAUUUGAAUUUUGAAUGUGUCGCUGAUGUCAUGUGGAUGUUUGUAUUACAUAAGCUGUGAAAACUGGUCUGUUCAGUCAGCUGCUUCUUGUAGAGCCAUCAGGCCAGUUUCAGUUGAACUACAUCAGCCUUCAUCUGAGGCCACAGCAAGUGGAGAGGAUGUCCGCACUUAACAGACGUGGUAUCAAACUGCACGCACAUGCUGAACAGUUCCUGUAGCUUUAGGCCUGAUUCAUACCUGGUGUUAACAUGCACGUCCAGUAAUCUGAUCACAAGUGAACAGCUCUGACACCCUCUGUUAGAAUGUGUCUUUACAUGUGACCACUUGGGAUUGGAUCUCAACAAGCAAUGCUAAACAAGCAUGUACAUUUGUAUUCACAAAAACAAAAUGUGUUGUUGGCUGCCGACAUCUCUUCUGAUGGACAUUUAAUGAAGAAUAGAUCAAAACCGUACAGCCUGACUUGAUUCCCCGUUGUGUUCCAGACAAAUCAAGUCACCCAAGAUAUUAGAUACUCUUGUGAUGUAAUUUCUGGGUGUUUAAACGUCAUGGACAAGGCCAGCUUACAUGAUUGUGAGUUGUAUUCGUUUGAGAAUGAGUAUGUAAACUUAAUGGUUAGCUGAGUAGGUUGUCCUUCAAACUGAUAAACGAAUGUGGCCACACGUGUCUCAGCAUCUCUGAAUGUGGUCUGACUGAGCCGAUCUCAAUUGUGUCAUCUAUUCGCCUCGAGGGUGUUCACACUUUAACUUAGAGCUGUCCACUUGUGAUCAAAUCACCCAGGACAUGCACUCACCAAUGUAUGAGAGACAUUCUUGGCUGCCCUUAUCAAAGUACAACUUCUAGCUUGAAGCUAUACAGUAAUCUGACAUAAUGAUUCAGCACAUGGUAUCAACACUGUCCAGGACACAAGUCAAAUUACAAAGAUGAAAACAAAGUGAUGCUAAUGUCCUCCUGCAUGAAGCUUCACGCAGUGUAUGCUUCCUUAAACCACCUGAAGGUCAAUUCUCUCUGUGCCCUGUCUGAACCAGCAGUCCUCCAUCCCUCAGUGAGAAUGCUUUCUGAUGCACCCUGAGUGAAACAAACUCAUACACUGUAUUUGUUUAGUAAAACGUGAUUGGUUGCCAUUUACUUGUGUUGAUUUCUAUUGGCUUGAAUGACUUUACGGACACAGAUGAUUUAGAAGAGAGCGAAGUGAUCUGACUGACUGAGGACCCAGGACCUUACUGACAGUCUUGAGGAAUUCAGUAGCUGACCCAUUGACUGUGACUUAGUAAUUGCCUGUCUAAAAAGGAGAAAAAAGCAGAGGUGUUUGGUUGGGGAAUGAAGUAAUUGAGAAAUGCACAACUUAUGGUGGGGAAAAAACAAAAUGAAAGAAAUUUGACUGCUUUUUUUUGGUUGUUUUGCUUUCGCAAGGGAAGAGGGUUUGGUGUAUGGAUCAUCAUGUAUGCAAUGUUUUGUACAAUGUAAAUAGAUUUCUUUCUAAAGACGAUCAGGAUGCAUUUUGUGAAGGGCCUUGAAUGAUGUUGUAAAUAUCUAACUUAUAGCAGAGAUUUAAUAAUAUGGGCUAAACAGUGGGUGGUGGAGGAAAUAAAAGAGCUGAUUUGUACUACGA